CUCCUUAUUAUCUCUCUCCACUUUUAUAAAACCUAUUCCCACACUCCCCUCAACUUUCUCUCUCUACACCUCUAAAAAUCCUCAUCCAUCAAAUGAAUUCCAUCAUUUUAUUCAUAAAUUAAUGGAAGAUCAUAAUCAUAAUAACAUCAUAAUCAACCCCAACAAUAAUAAUCAUCCUUCAACUAAUUUCUCAGAUCAUAUGAUUUUCGACGUGGAUGAUCAUCAUCAUCAUGAUGAUCAUUUGAUCAUGAUGGCUGAUGGAUUAAACAAGAAUGAUAGUAAUUAUAAUAAUAGUUAUUUGGGGUUUAUGGAAAUGCUUGGAUUCCAAGAUUCAUCAUUAUUCGAUCUGCUUUCACCACCAACUGUUAGUACAGCUCCAUUGAUGCACCCUACCUCACUGGAUCCUUCCCCCAGUUGCUCUACUCAUCCUGCUGAAUCGUCUGAUGUUGUUACUACUCCUGCUACUCCUAAUUCUCUCUCCAUUUCUUCUUCAUCAUCUGAUGCGGUUAAUGAAGAACAGCUUCCUUUUAUGCAUCAUCAGAAUGAUAAUAAUACUGUUCAGGUUAAUGAAGAUAAUGAUGUUGAUGAUAAUGAGAAGAAUAAUCAACACAAAUCCAAGAAUCAGUCGUUGAAGCCAAAAAAGAAGAACCAGAAAAAACAGAAAGAGCCCAGAUUUGCAUUCAUGACUAAAAGCGAGGUUGAUCAUCUUGAUGAUGGCUAUCGUUGGCGCAAGUAUGGCCAAAAAGCUGUUAAGAACAGCCCUUUUCCCAGGAGUUACUAUCGUUGCACCACCGCCGCAUGUGGAGUUAAGAAACGAGUGGAACGCUCUUCCGAUGAUCCAACCAUCGUGGUAACCACUUACGAAGGCCAACAUACCCACCCGUGUCCAGUAAUGACACGAGGUGGGAUUGGCCUUAGAGUGGAUAUGAGUAUGGGGGUCGGAGUGAUCCCAACACCAAAUCCUAUGUAUCAAUGCAACACCGAUUUCACUGAAGUCGGUGCUGCAUCCUCUAUUUUAACUCCAAAUUCACAAAUCUAUUUUCAUAACAAUUUCUUUCCUCUUAACAACCAAUUUCCAAAUCACUUUAUUAACCCAUCUCCAACUUUCUCACUAGGGGGUGGCCCACAAACUAAAUUCAACAAAAACAUACCAUGUCCUCCUCAUUCUUCCUCUUUGAACCAAGUUAAAGAUGAUGGACUUCUUCAAGAUCUUGUUCCAUCACAAAUGAGAAAUGAUCAACUUCCUAAAGAAGAGUGAAAUAAAUCUCUUUUUAAUUAUGAAGGGCUCCAAUUUAAAAAUAAACAGAGCCUCGAAAUUGUUUGCUCCGCCCCUGUUCAGGCCAAUCAUUAUAAUAUGGGGAUUUUUGUUACAUAGUUGUAGUAUUAGUGUAUAAUAUUAAUGUUUAUUUUCUUAAAAUUUCUUAAUUAAUUAGUAAUUAGCAAGUAUUAAUUCUAACUUUCAAGGAUAAGCUGGUUUAUCACCAUCUUUGAGGCAGGAGGAAGAGGAUAAAGAUUAACCCAAACUUCAUCAUUUUUAGGAGACUGCCCUCAGUAAUUUUGAUGUGGAUUAUUGUAAUUACUGAGGUGUAAUUUUUAUUGAUAAUUUGGGUUUCUGAAUUUCCUAUAUUCUUUUCUUCUUUUUUUAAAAUAUUUUUGUGUAUAUCAAACUGUUGCUAGUUUUCAGAUAUGAAGAAUAUUUAUAAGUAGUAUAUAUUCAUAUGC